AUGUAGUACAAUUUGCAGAUUAUCUAACUAACUGAAAUCAAGUAUUUGCUAUUUUAAUUGAAGAGGAAAUUGUAAGUAAUUUUAUGCAGAUAAAGAAUUAAUGAGAAAUUGCAUUACAUCUCUAAUCAAAUUCCACCACCAACAUAAAUUAUCAUAUUCUAAUCUACAAUUGUAAUUUCUUUAAUGAUUAUAAUUAAUUAUAUUGUUCCAAAUUAUUAAGGGUUUUUUGAUAAUAAGAUAUAAUUAGUUCUUCUUGAAGGUGAAGAAAUUAUAUAAAAAUUAACAAUGCAGAAGAUAUACACACUUGAUGAUAAGAUUGUCCAGAUUCCUGAAUGCUCAAUCUGCUUAUUACCAUUAAACAUUGAUCUCUGCAUUAUCGUGGAUUGUGGUCAUGUUUUUCAUAAAGAAUGUGUUGCCAGCUUGAAAUAGAGUGCUUUCUAAUAAUGCCCAGUUUGUAGGGUGUAGAUGAAAAACGUAUGUGAUAUCUUUUAUACCAUAAAAAUAAAAGAUGUAUAAGAUGAACCUAAAUACAUGGCAAAUAUGAUUUAAAUUAUUACUUUAAAAGAAGAAAUUGAGAAAUUUAAAUAGAAUGACAAAGAUCAUCAUGAGAAAGUAUUGGCUCUAUAAGAAAUGUUGAAAAAAAAAGAGCUAAAGAUAUAGUUAUUGAGAAAACAUUAUAAAAAUUAGAAAGUAGAAUAUAACAAUAUGAAUGGUAUAUUUAUUUAAGAACAUAACUAAAUAAUAGAUCUAUAUCAUCAUUUUGGAAAUAUGUUGAAAAGUUGGGUUACGAAUAAUAAAAUACCAAAUUAACUUGAUGCAUAAUCAACUUCAAAUUCGCAAUCUUCAGAAUAGAAUAGUGAAUCACAAGAUGACGAAGAAGAGUAGUCAUCGAAUUAGAUGGAUUAAUUUGAAGAUCAAUAAAAUAAAGUUGCAAAUUUUUUAAAAUAAAUCACAACUUUAGUAUAAGAUAAGUUGAAUUAAAAGAAAAGAGAGGAAGAAAAUUAGAAAAUACAAUAAUCGAAGAGUUAAAAAAAGUAAUGCCUAAAAGAGAUUUAAUCUUUUGAAAAAACUCAAAGAUAACAUAAUUGA